UCCCACCACUUUUACGUGCACCGCUCUAACAACUCUCCAUCUCUCACUUUUUCUCUUGCAUCCGACGGUUAAAGUCUUGUACAUUCAACUUCUUUCUGCAGGAAAAAGGCAGACAAGGGGGCUUUUGCUGGGUGGAUGUUUGUUGUUUACAGGUACUACUUCGUGUGGGUUCGUUUUGGCAUGCUUCUUUUCUCUCUCUUUUUACACAUUCCACCAUAUAUUUAUAUCCUAAAACCAAACACCAUAUACCUAACAGUUCCACUGCCUCUUCAACAUUUGAAGGAUACAAUACAAGGGGCAGUACCAAUGGAGAAGCUGAAUUCACAGCUAUAUUUGCAAAACUGUUACAUAAUCCAACAAAAUGAGAGGCUAAGGAAGAAAGCUCAACUGCUAAACCAAGAGAAUCAGGCUUUGUUGUCCGAACUAAAGCGGAAACUCUCCAAAGCAAACACGGAUGGCAACCCUGACCAGAAUAUCAGCUCUACUUCUGCCCCAGAUACAGUUGGUUCCAACAAACAUGGAUCAUAA